AUCAAGCGCCGAAACCUGGCUGCUAACAAAGUCUUUUUUUCUAGACACGUGAUACCUGGAAGUUCCAUGUUUAAACUCGCAUCUACUGCAUUGACAUGUAAUAGAUAUCAUCGGAGAUGCCUUUGAUUAGCGUCGACACAGCUGCGCGUAUUCUUAUUUUCCAUGUUAUGAGUCACGGGGUCAAGCGCCGAAACCUGGCUGCUAACAGUGACUUUCUUAUGAUAUAUAAUCGGUCCGGAAGCCUGCCACAUUACAGUAGGAGAUUUUAUACGAGAUCGAGAAGAAAAACAUUGUGGACAGUUUAAAGUCUGAAAAGACGCUAGCGCGACAACAUGGUACAACGAGAGCAAGAUCUGGUGGAACGAGCCGACGGGAUCACCACAUUAGGUGAUUAUUUGGGGUGGCUGCAACAAUGCCACGAGUGUAUCGCUGAGCUAGAGGAACACAGCCAUGUCAAGCGUCCAAGGCUAUCCAUCGGUAGCAGACAAUCGCUGGUGGCUCGAAUCGCGCGACUCGAGAGUGUCAAGUGCCGAGUUGAAAGGCGAUUCGUACAUUUCGGGGGUGGUGGUGUUGGAACUUCGAGAGCACAACUGUCGUGGCGCGAGAUCGACACCGCGUUCGAAAACCGCGUGCUUACCGGGGCGGUAAUUAACGCGGAGUACAUUGAACCGCGCAAGUUUCUCGAGGACGCUCGCGAUAUCGUGAUCGAGCACGUGCGAGACGCUAUCGAACGCUAUAAUUGUGUAAAGGUGAAUACCGCGUUCAACGGAGAGUUUGUGGCGGGUGACAAACGUGCAAAUAAAAGCAUAAACACAAAAAACUGUAAACUGUUUAUUACAACGGACCUACAACUGUGGUACGAGUCGCGCGUAAUCGGUCCGACUCUAGUCGAACUCGAAGAGUUUCAGGAGCGUGAUAGUGGGUGGGCGCUGUCGCGUAUACUCAACUUGACUAUUAACGUGAACAAAUGCAAUCCUAUGCGCGCGGGAUGCCAUAUAGACGUGCCAGAAGUGGUGAAACGAAAGAAAGCAGUGAUCAACGUACAAUCCAUGGACAAUGCGUGUUUCGCGUGGUCGGUGGUCGCCGCUCUCUAUCCGGCUGAAAGAAACGUGGGGCGCGAAUCGUCGUAUCCACAUUACAGUGAUGUGUUAAACCUGCGAGACGUUCCAAUGCCGAUGACAUUAAGUGGUAUUAAAAAGUUUGAACGGUUGAACAGUAUUUCCAUCAAUAUGUACAGCAUCGAUGAAAAGAACAAUUGCGAACGCGCAUUCGUACCACUACGAGUCGCUGACGAGAAGAAGGAGCAGCACGUGAACCUAUUAUACCUGCAAGAUCAGGGGGUUGCCGAAGUGGGCCACUUCGUCUGGAUAAAGAAUUUAUCCCGCCUCGUUAGUUCUCAGCUCAGUAAACACAAGGAGAAGAAAUACAUUUGCGAUCGGUGAGUAUCGACAAGAUUU